GCAGGACAGAGGAGCGCUGUCCCUUUCAGCACCACGCGCGGUGCUACGAGGUGUUGAAACCACUCUGAGUCGAGGGUGGAACGGCAGCCUACAGAACGUGUUGCUACACAGCAACAGCGCCGGGUCUAUCUGUGAACUACCACAGAAUGGAGAUUCAGCCGAGGAAUUCCCUCACAACAGAACAGAAGCAUCUGGAACGUAUUAUUUACUACGCUAGGUGAAGAUCUGGAUGUAUUGCGUGUGCUCAUGAUUUAUUUAUGUAAAUAGUCUGAGGGACUGUCUGGAGGCGGACACAGCUUUUAUUUCAAAGAAGACCACCUCGCUCAGCACUGACGGUUCCGUGGGAAACCCCUCUUAUCUAAUCCGGGUGGUAACGCAUGACAGACAGAAAUAUAGACUGAGAGUCAGAGGAAGAAGCUUUAUUUUUCUUCCAUACUAGCUAUAGGAGUCACAAAGAGGAGACACAUCUAUCUACGUCUCUCUCCAAGUUGCUCAGCAGCUCCGCGAAGCACAAUGCCCUCGAUGGAGCUAACAUGCAGACGCGUUGUGUAGAAGGAGACUCGGAAAAGGUCGUUGAAUAAAUUUCUGCAACUCCCUGCUUCUCCCAGUCCCCAGUCCCCUCAGCAGACAUGACAGGCCAGAGCCUGGACGAGCUGACGGCAGCCUAUGAGGACCACGCCAUCCGCAUCAAUGUGGGCGGGUUCAAGAGAAGCCUCCUCUCAAACACCCUGUCCCGCUUCCCGGAGACGAGGCUGGCUCGGUUGCUACAGUGCCAAUCAAAGGAGUCGAUUCUAGAGCUGUGUGACGACUACGACGACACGGAAAACGAGUUCUAUUUCGACCGGAACCCGGCACUCUUUCCUUACGUGUUGAAUUUCUACAACACCGGCAGGCUCCAUGUGAUGGCGGAGCUGUGCAUCUUCUCCUUCAGCCAGGAGAUUGAGUACUGGGGCAUCAACGAGUUCUUCAUAGACUCCUGCUGCAGCAAUGCAUACCACUGUCGGAAGAUCGACUCUGACCGCAGGGAGGACUGGGAUGACCGCAGGGAGGACUGGGAUGACCGCAGGGAGGACUGGGAUGACCGCAGGGAGGACUGGGAUGACUGCAGGAGUGACGAAGGCAGCACCGCGUCGUCAUUCGAUGAGAUCCUGGAGUUCUACAACGAUGCCACCAGGUUCGACAAGCAGCCGCUGGGGAGUGUCCGUCGGCGGAUCUGGCUCAUGCUGGAUAACCCGGGUUACUCCGUCGCCAGCCGCGUCCUCAGCAUCCUGUCCAUCUUGGUGGUGUUGGGGUCUAUAGCCACCAUGUGCAUGAACAGCAUGUCAGAGUUCAGCCUGGUGGACAGGGAGGGAGUGCCCCACGAGGACCCCAGGUUUGAGACAGUGGAACACUUUGGCAUCGGCUGGUUCACCUUCGAGCUGGUGGCCAGGUUUGCCGUAGCCCCAGACCUUUUCCGGUUCUUCAGGCACCCAUUGAACUUGAUCGAUCUGGUGUCGAUAUUGCCGUUCUACCUGACGCUUGUCAUCAACCUGGUGGCAGAGAGCGGCCUGGCACUGGUGAAUCUGGGACGUGUGGCGCAAGUCCUGCGGCUCAUGAGGAUUUUCCGAAUCCUGAAGCUGGCACGCCACUCCACCGGGCUGCGCUCCCUGGGCGCCACGCUGAGAAACAGCUACAAGGAGGUGGGGCUGCUGCUUCUCUACCUGGCGGUUGGGGUGUCCUUCUUUUCCGUCAUGGCCUACACUGUGGAGAAGGAGGACAGCGAGGAUUUCUCCACCAUCCCGGCAUGCUGGUGGUGGGCUACGGUGAGCAUGACCACGGUUGGCUAUGGAGACGUGGUCCCGGUGUCGAUAGCAGGCAAACUGACCGCCUCUGCCUGUAUCCUCGCCGGGAUCCUUGUGGUAGUGCUUCCCAUCACGCUAAUUUUCAAUAAGUUCUCCCUCUUCUACAAGCGACAGAAGCAGUUAGAGAUCGCCAUGCGCAGCUGCGACUUCGAUGAGGAGAUUAAAGAGAAUCUGCCUUCUUUGAAUCUCAGGAACUAUUAUGCACACAAGGUUAAAUCCCUCAUGGCGAGUCUGUCUAAUAUAAACCGUAGCUUGCCAAGUGAGCAUAGUCUUAAUGAGAUGUCAAUACAUUAAGUAGGCGUCUCUAUGGGAAAGAAGCAAAACAACUUGGUGUGGUACAUUUCGGAUGAGGCAUGUCUGGAUGUUGGACUCUCCCGGGCCGGUUUGGAGUUGGAAUACAUUUUCAGAUUUCCAACUGGCUUCACGAGGAACAGUGUGACCAAACACAAGAGAAAACUAUAGUGAAAGUGUUAGUGUUGUUUCUGUGUAAACCAAGGCAUGAACUCACUUUGACUGGCAGGCAAGGCACGGCCGUGCCAUGGCAACCAUAACCGUCCCACUGACAUAGCUACGCCUUCCUUUUUUAGGUUGAAGACAUCCAGCGCUUGACUUGGGAUUAAAUAAGUGCAGGAACUGACUAAAUGCACAUUAGACUAUGUUCAUCAAAAUGUAUGUGUUAAUGAGGCUUGUUCCAUUAAAGUAGCCUAUCCCAGGUCUCUUUUGCCUGAAAAAGGAACUGGAAUGCUGUUUGCCUAAAAUUUGAAAUACCGGAACUGUGUUCCGGACCGUUCCAGCCCAAGUCAAGCACUGAAGACACCUAGGUCCUUCUCACCUCAGUGGUCAAGUGUUUAUCUGUGUGGGUGAUCGUCAUCUGAGGGCAACCGAGGGUCUGAAAACGAUAAAACUGUGCUGUGUGUUUGUGGCUGUUCACGUACAGUGGUCUUUAAAUGGUCUUCAGUGACGGAGACAAUAUAGGGGUCACUAGUGUUUGAUUCAAAGCUCUAAGCGUCAUCACUAGUUGUUUUCACGAAAAGCAUCCUCUAAAGUGUGCUUGUUGUAAAAUGUACAAGUUAUAGCUUUUAUCGUGGUCUCUUCUUAUGAAAGAGCUUUGAUGUAUAACUGUUAUACGCUGUUCACUGCAACUAAGCACCUUCAGCUGUGUAGCUCGAAAAAAAAAAACUCAUUAAAGACGUUGUAAAUGG